GCGGUGCGGAGCGGUCGGGACGCGGCCCUUCCUGGCCCCCCGCGGCCUUAGUGCCUGCCAGCCGGACCCCCACCCCUUCCCCACCACCACAGCCGCCCAGCACAGGUGUUUAGAUUUGCACAAGAACCAAGAUCAAGAACCAUGGCAUCCAUCCCAUCGAGUGGCUCGCUCAUGGCAACACAUAACUACCACAGAAGGCGCUUGAGCUCUACAUCCAGCAACAGCUCCUGUGGCAGCUCCGAGUACUCUGGGGAGGUCAUCCCCCACCCCCCGGGUCUGCCCAAGUCUGACCCUGGCCACUGGUGGGCCAGCUUCUUCUUUGGGAAGACAGCCCCCCCAGCCAUGACAACUGUGUCAGAGUCCCUGGAGAGCUUGGGAGCACCGCGGGUGCCAGGAGUGGUGGCCUGUGGCCUGGUGCCAGCCCCCGGUGCAGGGCGGCAGCGCCACACCAGCGAGUCCAGCUCGGGGCCCUCGCCAUGAGGAGCCCCCUGGCGGCCCCCCGGCGGCGGGCACAGCCCUUCCCCUCCCCCUGGCUUCGGCAGGCUGCUCCCAGCAGGGCUGCUGCCUUGUGGGAGAGCAGCACCCCCUGAUGAUUCCACACCAGCCUUUUUACUCUGCUCUUGGUGCAACUCCUUUGGCUUACCUCCUGUCCUGCAAUGGCAACGAAUAAACUUGAGCAGCCCU